AUCGAGAAUGAGGCACAGUAGCUGCGGUGCCAGUGGCUGUGGCUGACCCACCAGAAUGACGUUGAGCUACAGUGAUGGUCGCAUCACCGUUUCAUUUGGAGGCGGUGGUGGUUCUGCCUUCGAUGACCGCGCCACGCUCAUCUCCCAGUAUCCCAACCGCAAGGUGGAUGAGUUUCGCCUGUCGUCCAUCCGGAUCGAGGAAUGGGCUCAUGGAAUAGCACGGGUGUGCUACGCACACACCAACAGAGAGGACACGACACGCGUCGCAUCUCUGUUGUGCGGUCCUUGCAGGUCUCUUCAACGUACGUUUCCCUCGUCGAUGGCGAGCGCGUCACCCUCACGCACGGCUCAAGCUCACCGGACAUGCAAGACACGAACCAGCACAACUUCGAUUUCGAGGCAGGGGAGUGGAUCAGAUCCGUCAAGGUCCUGGCGGGGCCACACAAGCAGCUGCAGAUCACCACCAACCGCAACCGCGCCAUCACGUGUGGCCCGCUGCAGCCGGACCGGAGAGAGCGGUUCCACUCCAGGGAAGUCGACCCUGUCGUCCGUGAAUGUCACGCGAUUUUCGACGGGCUGCGUCGCCUGCGCCCUGGGGCGACGACACGAGACCUGAUCAACGAUGCCAGUGAGCGGACGUGACCAAUGGCUAAGGA